AUGGAUGUGAGUCAAUUCAUGAUCGUUCUCUUCCUUUUCAUUUUCCCCAUCUCUGUCCAUUCUUUCUUCACCACUCCCGAGCAAUGCUUCUUCCGAUGUCAAGCACAAUGUGUUGAGGUCACUGGGCAAUCCCGCGAAGUCUUCGAUAAAUGCGGCCCUCAAUGCGAACGCUACAAUAACACCAAUUUGUGUUCUCCGACAAAUGUGAGCUGUUGGCAGAAUUGUGAUGAUCUUGGCUCGUCGACGGUCAUCGACACUCCGACGAGACUUGUUUCGUCGAAAGAUCCCAUGGGAUCAACCCAUGUGCAAUGGAUUCCCGUCCCGAAAGUGCAAUUCUACAUCGUUCAGUACAAAUUCUCAAAUGAAAUCGAUUUCAGCGACAGUAAACAACAACUUACCUGCCUUGCCUUCAUCGACAAUUUCUUGAUCACCGGUGGGCCUGAUUGUGAAUCGCCGACGAUUCGAGUGGCUGCUGUUUCAGUAAAUGGCAUCUCUAACUUCACCGAUUCUUUAAAACUCCCGAAACCAGCUCCCGUCUUCACAAAUGUCACCCUGCUCGUCGGAUCGAUGACCUAUUCGCCAGAGCCUUUCACCUCCGAUUUCUUCACGUCAAACGGAUCUCUCGAUCUUACCUUUAUCUUCUCACCGUUAGAUUGGCAGCUCGGAAUGCCCGACAUCGUUGUUGAGCCAUUUUUCCAUCUCUUCACUUGCUCGAACCUCAACAACGAGGGAGCCGUGCUUCCACAAGGGACAUUUACGAUGGGUCCCGGUCGAAACGAGAUCUCGACGCGUCUUCCGGCUGACUACAUGUAUCAGGAUUGCAAAUUUGCCUAUUUUCUCAACUCGGCCACAAGUCAAAUAUGCGGCACGAGCACGAUUUUGGAUAGUCCACCAAAUGGCGAGAUUCAAACGCUCACCAUUAAUUGCAAUAGCGUCGAGCACAGUCCAUGCAGUUCGAUCCAAUUCCCAGCGCCGAUCUGUGGGAGAACGGCUGGUGGAAAAGCCACGCCACUUUGGGACAAAUUACCGGGGAAAGAUGCCGAAUUCUCUGUCAACUACACUGUCAAUUUAAUCAAAAAUAGCCCAUCUUUCAACUACAUGGUUGCUUUCUUCGGACCAGCUGCGGAUUUCGCUGACAAUCAAUCGGAAUUCCUUGGGGUCAACAUUUUGAAUGUGACGCAAAAAGUGAGCGAUUGUAUCGAAUUUCACGAGAGCGGAGAAUGCUUGAGACGAAACGACAACAACACUUUCCGUUUGGACAAUUUGCAAUGGGACACCGAGUACGGGAUUGUCGUUUGUGGGGUGAGAGAUCCGAGGAACACCACUUUUCCCGAUGUCCUAGCUGGAAACAAGGCAAUAAAACCAAGAGCUGAGAAAGUUGAGGUCUACGCAAGAGAUUACGAAAGUAACAACACUGGUUUGAUUGUUGGCUUGGUUGUUGGCUCAUUGCUAUUCAUCAUUUUCUCUAUCAUUAUCGGAUGCUGUUGUUACACGAAAAAGCAAAAGAACAAGAAUAAACUUUAUGCUCUCAAAUUGGCACAAUUAGAUAGGAAUCUACGCGAUGGACGAUAUACAAAUUUGCCGAAAAAAUCAGACAUUUGGGAGAUUGAGCGACGAAAUUUGAUCAUUGAAAGCGACAAGAAGCUAGGAUCAGGAGCUUUUGGAUCAGUUUUCAUGGGAAAACUCCUCGGCAAAUCACUCGGUCACAAAGACGCCAACUCGCCUUUGGGAAUCAAUUUGAUGAGAGCCGAGAAUUGUGAUGUGGCUGUGAAAAUGUUGCCAGAAUACGCUGAUGACGUGUCGAAAAGCGAGUUUCUUCAAGAGAUAGCUUUGAUGAAAUCGAUGGGAUACCAUGAGAGACUUGUCAACAUGUUGGCUUGUGUCACUGAAUCGGAGCCCUACUGCCUAGUCGUCGAGUUCUGCAACAAUGGGGAUCUGCUUCAGUUCUUGCAAGAGCGAUGCAAAUACAUGAUCAAGUUAGACGAAGCUUGCGUGAACUAUCACGAGCCAACCGAGGACGAUGUCUACGAUGAAACGAUGAUUCUGACGAUGAAGCAAUUGUUGAUGUUUUCUGUGCAAAUCUCUUAUGGCUUGGAAUACCUCUCGCAAAAGGGAUUCGUUCACAGGGAUGUUGCCGCGAGAAAUGUCCUUGUCUCGAAUCGAAGUGAAGUGAAAAUCGGUGACUUUGGGCUCACUCGGUACAUCUACUCGGAGAAUUCGCAAUAUGUCAGCAAGGGUGGUCGUUUACCAUUGAAAUGGAUGUCACCUGAAGCGAUUCGACACUACGAGUUCUCAUCGAAAAGUGAUGUAUGGUCUUUCGGCGUCUUACUAUUCGAGGUGAUCACCCUUGGUGGCUCUCCUUACCCAUGUAUCCAACCAGUUGACAUGCUUGAUUACUUGGAGCAGGGUGGACGAAUCGAACAACCCGAUAAUUGCCCUGAUGAUUAUUACCAAGUGAUGAAAUCGUGCUGGACUUUCAAUCCGACUGAUCGUCCCGAGUUCAGCGUCAUACGACAACGAUUAGCCAUGCAACUUGAAGAGGUCACCGAAGAGUAUUCCUAUCUGAAAUUAGAUUCAAGAAAGGAGUACUACAAUUUUGGAUACCAUGAUCGAUCAAAGUUAGACACAGUUGUAAUCCCCGAAAAUGAGGUGGUUUUAAUGGAAACACCCGAGAAUGCGUUACAUCGAAUGAACUCCGAGGAAACACCUGGAGGAGAAUCGUCGAAGAAUGAAACGAUCGAGACGAGUCUCUCGUAUGGAGAUCGCGCCAACUCAGUCUCUUUGGAGAGUCUACCGAUGGACGACGAAGUACACCAAGUCGACGAGACGGAGAACUCGGAAAACGAGAAACGCGAGCGAUUCAGCGAUGAUUUUCAUCCAAAUCGACCGCAAACGAAUUCCCCCCAAGAAUCUCCGAGAUUUCAUCUAAAAACGAAUCCAUUUACACACAAUAAUGAUAUCUCCGAGAUU